UUUUGUUAUCCGAUCCUUUGUCCAACAAGCUAAGACAACAUGAACUUCUUCAUCGUACUACUACUACUACUACUUGUGUUGUCCGCAGUACUAGGUUGUUCAUCUAAAACUACUACUACUUAUCCCAUAGCUCAACCCACCUGCAAAGAUCAUUGUGGGAACGUAAGCAUCCCAUUUCCCUUCGGUUUAACCGAAGAUUGUUAUCUAAACCCAGACUUCUUCAUCAAUUGCACCAAUUCCACCAAUGGUUCUCCCAAGCCAUAUUUAGGAUCCGGUAAUGAUGCAGAGUUAGAAAGCAUAUCCAUUGAAGGGCAGUUGAGCGUUUUCCAGGGCAUAGCUCGAAAAUGCCAUAAAGGUGACGAAAUAUCGGCAAAUUCAUGGAUGAAUUUAUCGGCAUUCUUCGUCAACCAGACCGCCAACAAGUUCGUCGCCGUGGGUUGCAACACCAUUGCCACUAUCACCGGCGUCGAGGCUGGGCUGUCUUACGAAACAGGUUGUAUAGCCUCCUGUAACUGCUUCAAAGACGUGGUUAAUGGGAGUUGCUCGGGGAUUGGGUGUUGCCAGACCACCGACAUUCCUAUCCUGGCCAGCAACGUUAAUUUUACGUUGAAAACCAUCACGGAGAAUCGGAACACCCAUGGUGUUGUUAACUGCAGCUACGCCUUCGUGGUGAAAAAGGGCGAGUUCAACUUUUCCUCGGAGAUGCUUACCGAAAAAUGGGAAAUUCAAAAGGUGCCAUUGGUAAUUGACUGGAUGGUCUCCUCCAUGGAUAAAUGCAGUGAUAGCAGUAGCGUAUGCAAAGGUAAUACCACCUGUGAAGAAUAUUCCGGCCCUCAUGGUGGUGGAUCUCACGGUGGUGGAUCUCAUGGUGGUGGAUCUCACGGUGGUGGAUACCGAUGCGCUUGUAAGAAGGGUUACCAAGGUAAUCCAUAUCUUCUUCCCGGUUGUCUAGAUAUUGAUGAAUGUGCAAAUGGACAAAACACCUGCUCCAAAAACGCCAUUUGCUUGAAUACACCAGGCAAUUACACGUGCCCUUGCAAAAAAGGUUUCCAAGAAGAUGGUAAAGGUGGCUGCCAAUUACCUGUUAAAGAUGAAUGCAAAGAUAAUGGAAAAGGAUGCCAUUCAUCCAACAGAGUGAACUUGAUUGCUUUGAGUGCCGCUUUAGGUACUAUAGUGCUGCUGGUUAUUUGUUUUUCUGUGAACUUGGGAUAUCGACAGAGGAAAUCAGUACAGAUGAGAGAGAAGUUUUUUAGGGAUAAUGGAGGAAUGAUUCUGCAACAAAGGAUUGCGCAAGGUGGUGCAUCCUCUGGCACAACAAGAAUUUUCACUGCCGAAGAGCUUAAAAAAGCCACCAACAACUAUGACCAAACUAGAAUCAUUGGUCAAGGAGGUUUUGGUAUUGUCUACAAAGGGCACCUUCUUGACAACCGAAUAGUAGCUGUUAAAAAGGCCAAGAUGAUGGACCCAACCCAAGUCGAGCAGUUUAUCAAUGAGGUAAUUGUGCUUUCCCAAAUCAAUCACAGAAACAUUGUCAAACUUUUUGGUUGCUGUUUAGAGACAGAAAUUCCGUUGUUGGUUUAUGAGUUCAUAAGCAACGGGACAUUGUCGGAGCAUCUGCACAACAAAGGCAAGGCAUCGGCAAUUUCUUGGUCGACCCGUUUAAAAAUAGCAACAGAAACAGCUGAGGUCCUCUCGUAUUUGCACUCUGCAGCCUCUCCUCCCAUCAUUCAUAGAGACGUUAAAUCUGUAAAUAUUCUCCUUGAUGAUGACUACACUGCCAGGGUAUCAGAUUUUGGUGCAUCGAGAUUAGUCCCUCAAGAUCAAACUCAAUUAACAACAAUGGUUCAAGGAACAUUUGGUUAUCUCGAUCCUGAGUACUUACAAACCAACCACUUAACAGAAAAGAGCGAUGUCUAUAGCUUUGGAGUUGUCCUUAUAGAGUUACUAACGAGUAGAAGGGCUCUAUCUUUUGAAGGUCCAGAAAAAGAGAGACAUCUAUCUCAGUAUUUCCUUUCAUUGUUGAAAGAGAAUCAGUUGUUCGAGAUUCUUGAUGACAACAUUGUAUGUGAGAGAAACACUGAAGAGCUACAAGAGGUUGCAUUGCUUGCCAAAAGGUGUUUGAAUGUCAAGGGGGAGGAUAGGCCAACAAUGAAGGAAGUUGCUGUGGAACUAAGUGGAUUGAGGAGAGCAGCAAAACAUCCAUGGACCAAUAACUUUGAGACUUCAAUUGAAUCAGAGGCUCUACUUACUGAGCAACCAAUCCCCUUUGAAUAUGAUGCUACUUUCAGCAUAGCAACAACUGAAUAUGAUAGUUUAAAACAUCAUAUGGAGCUUCCAGAAGCUGCCGGAAGAUAAUUACAUCCAAUUUAUCUCAGCAAAUUAGCUAUCCCCAAUCCCAUCUACAAAUAAUAUAAAUAAUGAUCUGUUUAUAGUAUUCCUUGUGAUAAAAAAAAUUAAAAUAGUUACUGUAUUUCGAAUGAAAUU